UUGCAUGGAAUCGACCAUAGACCGGAGAGAUGCGUCUCCUUCUUUCUUUAUCAAUCUAGUUUCUCUCUCUAAAAUCUGUUUCUGUCAAUGAUUCUCUAACAUGCGUCUUCGCUGAAAUCCAGGUCCUUGGCGUGCCACUCUGAUUCACUGCGCGCUGAAAUUUUCCCUACUUUAUCGAAUUCCCUUCUUUAAUUCCUUUUCUCUUAAGCUUUUGGGUUCACUUAACACUUGCUUUUUUGGGAAUUCGGCCUGUUCUUGCUAUCUGAACUGUAUCUGAAUUUUAUUCAACUCGCUGGAAUUUCUCGAGGUUUUUCCAACUAGCCGCUACCGAUUUGUGAUUUGAGUUUUCUAUCCCUUGCUCGAAAUUCUUCUAUUUUUUCUUCAAUAAGUUGUUUCUGCUUUAUUUCUUUGCUUACUGCAUCUGUACUGUGACUCCCAUUGGGACUAUAUUGUAUUUUCGUUUUUUUUUCCUGUGUAAUCUCUCUACCAAAAACCUGGAGGACUUGGUUUAAUGGGGUGAAGAUCCUGUUUUGGCGGUGUGCAGCGAUGGUUCAAUCCGAUGCCUUUUGUAGAUAGAGGCUCAUCUAGUCAUCUCCCUACAAGUCUUUACAAAGAAAAGGUUGAAGCUAGGUCUGUAGUAAUGGGAACCUCAAGCUCUAAAAUGGAGGAUGAUAAGGCAUUGCAGCUCUGCCGUGAAAGGAAGAAGUUUGUUAGGCAAGCACUUGAUGGCCGGUGCUCACUGGCAGCUGCUCAUGUUUCAUACGUCCAGUCACUGAAAAAUACUGGAAAGGCAUUGAGAAAAUUCACUGAACCUGAAGUGCCAGUGGAGUCUUCAUUAUACACUUCCACUAAUGCAACACCGGAGCCACUUGCAUUAACUGAGAAGACCUUGUCCCAGCUCUCAUUUUCUUCACCAUCUGUGUCACAGCGAAUAGAUGUAACUGAGACCUUCUCUCCCGUGCCCUCCCCUCCUAGCUCUAGUAAAUUCCAGGCAAAUCAUAUGAAAUUUGGCAGCAGCUUUUCUAGAAAAGUUGAAGAAAAACCACCUGAACCCAUGAUAGGUGUAGUGACAUCAUCAGGUACUCCACAAAGUGCCACACCUCAUUCUACUGGAAGGACAGAAGCGUCUUUAUUUGAAGAUUCUUCUCUUCCAGCUGCAGCUUCACCAUGGGAUUUCUUUGGUCUUUACCAUCCUAUUGACCACCAAUUUUCUUUUCAAGAAGGGAAAGCCAUGUACCAAGAGAUGGGGAAUGGUGAUGAUAUAACACAACUAAGGGAGGAGGAAGGAAUUCCUGAGUUGGAAGAUGAUGAAGGGAAUAUUUCUUCUCAUGGAAGUGAAGACUCUGAGGAAUCUGAAGAUGAGUUUGAUGAAGAGCCUUCCACAGAUACUUUAGUUCGAAGAUUUGAGAAUCUUAAAAAUAGAGUUGGUGACAAUGUUGUCGCUAAUGCAGUACCUACCACAGUCAAGCCCCUCACCAAGGAUCAACUUUCUGAGGAACUCACUAAUGCAGAGAAGAUCAACUCUGCUAGUCUAUCACCAUUAAAGGCAGCAUCUACAGAGGCUAAUCUUACUAAGGCAACAAACAAACCAGCAGAAAAAGAAAAUCAUAGUGAAGAUAAAGUUGCUCCUAAGGAUUUCUUUUCAAGCAUGAAAGAAAUUGAAAUUCUGUUUGUAAAGGCUUCUGAAUCUGGCAAAGAAGUUCCAAGAAUGCUUGAAGCAAAUAAGUUGCAUUUUCGGCCAAUGUUCCCAGCAAAAGAAAAAGGUUCUGUGGCAUCUUCAUUUUGGAAGGCAUGUUUCUUGUGUGGUGAAGACCCAAGUCAAAGUACAGAAGAGCCUGCUCAAAACUCAGUUAAGUACUUAACAUGGCAUAGGACGGCAUCAUCUAGAUCUUCUUCAUCCAGGAAUCCUUUAGCAGCAAACUCAAAAGAUGAUAUGGAGGACGUCACAAGUAAUCUCUUUGAUAAUUUCUGUAUGAAUUCUGGUAGUCAUGCAUCAACCUUGGAUAGACUGUAUGCAUGGGAAAGGAAGCUCUAUGACGAAGUCAAGGCAAGUGGGUUGGUCAGAAGGGAAUAUGACAUGAAGUGCAAAAUCUUAAGACACAUGGAAUCAAAAGAAGAGAAGACCGCCACAAUUGAUAAAACCCGUGCUGUAGUCAAGGAUCUACAUUCAAGAAUUAGAGUUGCAAUUCACCGGAUAGACUCUAUAUCAAAGAGGAUCGAGGAAUUAAGGGACAAAGAGCUUCAGCCACAACUUGAGGAGUUGAUUGAAGGGUUAAGUCGGAUGUGGGAAGUGAUGUUCGAAUGCCACAAGCGUCAGUUUCAGAUAAUAUCAGCAGCCUAUAAUAAUAGUCAUGCUACAACCACCCCUCAAUCUGAGGUGCGGAGGCUGAUAACUCCCUAUCUAGAACAUGAACUCCAUGCUCUAUCAUCGAGUUUUGCCAAGUGGAUUGAAGCUCAAAAGUCUUAUCUCGCAUCCAUAGAUGGAUGGCUUGGCAAAUGUGUUGUGCUUAAACAAAAAUCAUCCAAGAGAAAAAAUCGACCGCCCCCCUUGAGAAACUAUGGCCCUCCUAUAUAUGCCACUUGUGGUGUCUGGCUGGAAAAGCUCCAGACAUUACCUACUAAGGAUGUUACAGAUUCUAUAAAGAGUUUAGCGGCUGAAACUGCCCGGUUUUUGCCACGUCAAGAGAAGAAAGGAGCAAAUCAUCCUCAUACAACAACUUGGAAGGAUGAUAACGGUAGUGAGUCUCGAGACAAUUUAUUAGGAGAUGAUGCUUCAGAGGACUGGGUGUCAGGUUUUGAUAGGUUUCGAGCAAGCUUGAUCAGAUUUCUUGGCCAGUUAAAUGAUUUUGCCGGGGCUUCUGUUAAAAUGCACGGAGAACUUCGACAAGCAAUUCAGGAUCGUAAAAAUCAAUACCAUCGGUUGAAUUCUCUUUCUCAAGAUGGCCAUUUGAAUUCUCAGCCUCAAGACAAUCAAUCGAAGGCACAAUCUCAAGCUGUCUAGUCACAAGAAAAAUUCUAUACGAUAUCAGAGAACAUGCAUGAAAAUUCUGUCAAACCCACGAAUCAACUUUACUUUCAGAGACAGUCCCUUGGAGGUUGCAUUCUUACGUGGAAUGAUAUGGAAGGUAAGAAAUAAAAUGCUGAUUGGCUAUAGUUACUUUCCUCGUUUAACAAUAAAAAGUAACUGAUAGAUAUUUGCUUUGAGGAGUUCCUGGUAGAGAAGAGGGAAGAGGCGUGCAUGCAAAGAGUCUGAACUUGUAUGGUGCCAGUUUUGUAAAGAGUGGACUAUCAUACCAGUGAGAUGCAUGUUUCAUCAAUUUGGUCUCAGAAAUAAAUAUCCUUUAAUUUCUUUUCCUUUCUUUUUUGGGAAGAAAGGAGCUCAUCAACAUAGUCAUGCUAUGGACUUAAAUGGAUGGCUGACUGAAACCAUAGCAAUAUCAUAUUGAUGGGUAUUCUCCAAAUUUUUAGUCAUACAUGAUGCCUAUUUCUGAAAAUUAAAUUGAUGAAACAAGUUUCUUCAAGCCUUCAAUGGUAGUUUAUUCAUUUUGUAAACAGAGGAUGCUUGGCAGGACUUCUCUCUUCCUUCAUAUUUUCCGUCACCAAUAAUUUCAUUUUUUUUCAUUGAUGUAUGUAUGUAUGUAUAUGCUUACAAGCCAUGGGGAUUGGAAUUCCUUAAAUUAGCUUUAGAUCUUAAUACAUGUUAUGCUUCUGGUUUC